AUGCACCUGUCAAGUGGCCAUUGUCAAGACUGCAAGGUUGGAGGACCAAAUCUGUGGGCGUGUCUGGAGAACACCUGUGCCUAUGUGGGCUGUGGAGAAUCUCAUGCUGACCAUAGCACUGUCCACUCACAGGAGACGCGGCACAACCUGACGGUGAACCUGACCACUCUGAGGGUGUGGUGUUAUGCCUGUGGGAAAGAGGUGUUUGUGGAGCGUAAACUGGGCCCUCAGUGCCCUGUCCCCAGCACCAAGACCCUCGCUUCACCUCUCACCAACAACACACAGUUCCAGGAGUGUAGCAGGGCGCAGGGCAGUCCCACUUCUCUGAGACUGCCCCUUACUAAUGGCUGUGAAGACCUGGGCAUGGAGACGGAGGAGGAGGACGAGCUACGCGCCAGAGGUCUGACGGGUCUGAAGAACAUCGGGAACACCUGCUAUAUGAAUGCAGCCCUGCAGGCCCUCUCCAACUGGUGAGACCCAUAGACAUUAAACCAGUAGACUGUGAUAGUGCUGAU